CAGUCCCAAAAGCCUUUUAGCAUACACACAGAAGCAACUACGGCACAGUUCACACAGUCACACUUCACACACUGCAGCCAUCUGAGUUCACAGCACCAUGUCCAGUAUAGCUAACCACUUGGCCAGGAGGAAAGCUAGGGAGGAAGGUGAAGGUAGCAACGACAAGGCCAUCCCCUUUAACAAGCAAAACUUCCAGACCCUGAGGAGAGAGUGUCUGGAGAGCGGGAAACUCUUCAGUGACACAUCCUUCCCUGCUGAUUGGAACUCUCUUGGGUACAAUGAGUUGGGUCGCUACUCUUCAAAAACCCGGGGCGUGGAGUGGAAAAGACCAAAGGAGUUGUGCUCAAACCCUCAGUUCAUUGUUGAAGGAGCCACGAGAACUGACAUCUGCCAAGGGGCUUUGGGUGACUGUUGGUUGCUGGCAGCCCUUGCCUCUCUUACCUUGGACAAAGACAUCUUGGCUCGAGUGGUACCCCCUGGCCAGAGCUUUGAUGAGAAUUAUGCUGGCAUCUUUCACUUCCAGUUUUGGCAGUAUGGACAGUGGGUGGAUGUUGUGAUUGACGAUAGGCUGCCCACAAGAGAGGGGAAACUGCUGUUUGUUCACUCAGCUGAGGGCUCAGAGUAUUGGAGCGCCCUGCUGGAGAAGGCCUAUGCUAAAGUCAACAGUUCCUAUGAGGCCUUGUCUGGGGGCUCCACCACAGAAGGCUUUGAGGACUUCACUGGGGGCAUCGCUGAGACAUAUAAUCUUGGCAAGGCCCCACAGUGCCUGUUCAAAAUCAUGAAGAAGGCCCUGGGGCUGGGUUCUCUUUUGGGCUGCUCCAUUGAUAUAACAAGUGCGUACGAGACGGAGGCAGUUACUGGUCAGAAGCUGGUGAAGGGGCAUGCGUACUCAAUCACUGCAGCAGAAGAGGUACACCUGCAUGGGAAUCCAGUUGAGCUGGUGAGGAUCAGAAACCCCUGGGGUCAGGUGGAGUGGACGGGUGCCUGGAGCGAUGAUUCCAGGGAAUGGGAUGGAGUACGACCGGAGGAGAAAGCCAAGCUAGACCACUCUGCCGAAGAUGGAGAGUUUUGGAUGGCCUACUCUGAUUUCCUAAGGCAGUACUCCAAGCUGGAGAUCUGCAACCUGACUCCAGACACGCUGGUCAGUGAUGAAGUGGGUCGCUGGAACCACUACCAGUUUGAGGGGAUGUGGAGGGUAGGCUCUACCGCUGGAGGAUGCAGGAACCAUGCAGCCACAUUCUGCUCUAACCCCCAGUUUGCCAUCAAAUUGGAUGAUGUGGAUGAUGACCCUCAUGAUGGCAAGGAUGGCUGCACCUUCUUGGUGGGCCUCAUGCAAAAAGACAGCCGCAAAGAGAGGAGAUUCAGCCGGGACCUCAACACCAUUGGCUUUUCAAUAUACCAGGUUCCUGAUGAGUAUAAGGGCCGCACCAACAUCCACCUGGGCCCAGAUGUGCUGCUGAGACAGAAGUCUGUGGCAAUGAGCAAUACCUUCAUCAACCUGCGGGAGAUCUGUGACCGCUUCAAGUUGCCCCCCGGGGAGUACGUCAUCAUCCCCUCCACGUUUGAGCCGCACAAGAAGGGCAGCUUCCUCUUGAGAGUCUUCGCCGAGAAGCAUGCUGCCACCAGUCCAAUGGAAGAGGAUAUCAGUGUGGAAGUUGACGAGCCUGAUAUUACAGAGGGUGAUGUGGAUCCCUACUUCAAACGUCUAUUCUUGCAGAUUGCUGGAAGCGAUUCCGAAGUUUCUGCCUUCGAACUUCAAAAGAUUUUAAACAGAGUGGUAACUCAGAGAUCUCACGUCAAAACGGAUGGAUUUAGCCUCGAGACCUGUCGUCACAUCAUCAGUCUGUUGGAUAUGGAUGGCAAUGCAAAGUUGGGCCUGGUUGAGUUCCAUACUGUGUGGACUAAGAUCCAGAAGUAUUUGGAAAUCUUCAAAAGUCACGACUCUGACAACUCUGGCACGAUGAGCACCCACGAGAUGAGGGAGGCGUUGACUGAAGCAGGAUUUCAGCUUAACAGCGAGGUGCUCCAGCUAAUUGUGUCCCGCUACGCUAACUCAGAUUACUCCAUGGACUUUGACUGCUUCAUGGGCUGCCUGAUACGACUGGAAAUGCUAUUUAAAAUGUUCAAAACACUUGACAAACAUGACAGUGGGAAGAUCGAAUUGGAUGCAUUGCAGUGGGUCUGCCUGGGCCUCAAUUAAGAUUCCAGAGAUAAUAAUCUACUACAGGGACAGAUGAAGACAAACAACUCAAUUGCAUUGGACUCUACGGCAAAAAUUUCUCAAUGUGUUAUUUUACUGUUGCUUUUAUUGAAUGAGACUUGGACAAAAUCAUUUAUAGGGCUCUUGUCUACAAUAGCCUAUGGAUCACUCUACACCAGGGUUGGGGUCAAUCAGAUUGAAAAAAAAACAUUUUAUAUUUUACCAUAAAACAUAUUGAGACCUAGGUCUCUUAUUCAAAUGUGCCCUGCGCAAUACAACAACAAAAAUAUACACAUUAUGGGAAGCACAAGUAAAACAUCACAAAUCACGCAGAAAAACAGUUACAUUCCUACACAAUUAAGUCCCCGGUCAAUACUCUAAACUGCCCCGAACAGCACCAGAAUAUUAAGAUGAAAUGUAUUUUGAAUUUUGUCCCAGCAGCACAGUGCUUUAAAAGUAAAAAGCAGAUUUACCGAGCUUGGUGGAGACCCUAGGAACCUCAAGAUUUAACCAAUCCAAAUGGGGCCUUGUAAACGAAAACAGAGUAAUGUAGAGAUCUACGGAUCUUUAGCGAAGUCCAGCCAACCUAUUGAUACAGUCUGCAGUGAUGAGUAUCACAACGGUCACCUGUAACAAACUGAAAGGCACAAUGGUAGAUGGCAUCCAAAGAACCAUCUAACGAGGGAACAUGUAGUUCCUCUGAAACAUUCUUACAACAUGGAUUUUGUUUUGCCCGUACAUAUAAUUAAUUUCAACUCAGAAUUGAAAUUUGAAUUGAGACAUGAAAAGUCUCAUUCAUAUAAGUAAAAGCAUCUGCCACUAGCCAUAGCACUGCAAAAUAUUGAAUAUAGCAUUUAAAAUAAUAACUUGAUUAUCACUUAAAUAUGUUUAUUUUAUGUUUCGUUUUUUUGGAUGUUAGAUUGUAACUAUAUUCAUGAUAUACAGGGAGCUCCAACAGUAUUGGGACUGUGACAAUUUGUUUUGUUUUGAAAUGAUACAAUGACUUAUGAGGUUGAAGUGCAGACUGUCAGCUUUAAUAUGAGGGUAUUUUCAUCCAUAUCGGGUGAACUGUUAAGAAAAUACAUCACUUGUAGGGGACCAAAAGUAUUGGGACAAAUUCACUUACACUGUAUGUGUAUUAAAGUAGUCAAAGGUUUAGUAUCAGUCCCAGAUUCCUAGCACACAAUGAUUACAUCAAGCUUAUGACUCCACAAACCUGUUGGAUGCAUUUGCUGUAUGUUUUGGUUGUUUCAGAUGAUUUGGUGCCCAAUAGAAAUGAAUGGUAAAUAAUGUAUUGUGUCAUUUGAGUCACUUUUAUUGUAAAUAAGAAUAUAAUAUGUUCCUAAACAGUUCUACAUUAAUGUGGAUGCUACCAUGAUUAAGGAUAGGGAAUAAUGAUGAGUGAAUGUUACAGAUGCAAAAAAUAAAGACAUGCUAACCUCUCACAAUUACAAUAAGGAAGUUAGCAUUUUUGGGGGGUA